CUUGGCCUUUUCCACAUCUGGACCUUUGGUUUAUGCAGGAUUCGCAUCUGGAGAGUAUGAUUCAGCUAAUUGCUGGAUUUGAGUUGUACAUUAUCAAUCCAAAGCCCAAGAACUUAUAACCUUUCAACCAUGGUUUGUCCUGUGAUAGAUAUGAGAUUUUGUUCCUCCUCUUUGUAAAGUUUGCCUAUGACUUGUAUUCAUGAAAUCUUGCAAAUCUCACUGCUUGUACUAAACUUUCCUAUUUUGUUUCAUCCACAUAGUUGUACAAAACUUGUUUGCUUUAGAUAUUUUAUCUUAAUGACAUCUGCUGUUUGUGUUGGUUUUUGUGCAGCUAUAUGGUGCUCUAACAUCAGGGUCUACUUUCUUGGGGCAUAAUCCAUUCAGGUACCAUCACUAGCAUUAAUGCCAACUUGAUCUUACUAGGUUUUUAUUUAUUGUAUUUCUAGGUUUCUCUGAAAUCAAAUUUUCUCUUUUUUUUCCCUCUCGUCCGUCCAAACCCAGCCGGAAUGAAAUCAAUAGAAUUGAUUCAGGAACCACAAAUUCCUGUGUGGCUGUGAUGGAGGGGAAGGCAUUAUAUCUUUUUUCUUCAAUUGGGAUUAUUAUUUGCACUUCUGCUUCUCCAGUACCUACAUUUCUUCUUUUCUAUCCUCAAAUUACUUUCAGAAUGCUAAGGUGAGAAGAUCGUACUACUUCUAUAGUUGCUUUUAAUCAGAAAGGCAAAAUCCUUCUUGGUUCUCUGGCUAAACGCCAGGCGGCAAUCAAUCCAACCAAUACAUUUUUUGGGACUAAGUGAUUGAUUGGCCGUCAUUUCGAUGGCCCUCAGACUCAGAAGGAGAUGAAAAUGGUCCCUUACAAGAGAGUCAAGGCACCUAAUGGCGAUGAGUGGGUCGAAGCCAACGACCAGCAGUAUUCCCUUGUCAGAUUGGUCCAUUUGUUUUGACUAAAGAUGAAGGAAACUGCUGAAUCUUACCUUGGAAAGUCUGUUUCGAAAGCAGCUACAACUGUUCCUGCUGAUCUCAAUGAUACUCGGAGGCAGGCUACAAAAGAUGCAGGGAGAAUUGCUGGACUAGAUGUGCAGAGAAUUAUUAAUGGAGCAACUGCUGCUGCUCUUUCUUAUGGAUUGAUAUUUGAUAUUAAUGUAAAUAUCAAAUUAAUGGGUCUCAUUGCAGUGUUUGAUCUCGUUGGUGGAACAUUUGAUAUUUCAAUCUUUAGAGAUGUCAAAUGGUGUAUUGAGGUUAAGUAACGAAUGGUGAUACUUUCUUGUGCGCAGAGGGUUUUGACAAUGCUCUAUUGGAGAUCUUGGUGAGCGAGUUUAAGAGAACAGAUGCCAUAGAUCUCUUGAAGGCCAAGAUCGAGCUUUCGUCAACUUCGCAGACUAAGAUCAACCUCUCAUUCAUGACAGCUGAUGAUUCGGGAGCAAAGCAUUUGAAUAAAUCUCUCACAAAUUCAAAGUUUGAGUCUCCGGUGAAUCACACCAUUGAGAGGACCAUGACCCCUGUAAGAGAUGUUUGAAGGAUGCUGGAAUAAUUAAGGAACUCAGAUGAGAUUCUUUCUUCUGGGUAGGAUGACUAGGGUUCCGAAAGUUCGAAGAGUAGUUGCUGAAAUCUUUGGGGAGGCUCCGAGCAAGGGAGCGAAUCCAGAUGAGGCUGAAGCAAUGGG